CCACAAAGCCACUGUGACCACCUCAUCCUGAAAAGCUCACUUUCAAUGUGUGCCCCACCAGGAUAAUGAACUGCAAAAAGUGCAACAUGUGGACAAUGGCUCUUCAGCUGCUCUUCAUUGGUUUGAAUGUGCAGGUUGUCACAUCUUGUAAAAUAUAUGGCCUUGUAGCAGCUUGUCACGGACAAAGUCUUCAGUGGGUACCUGCUCUGCCUCCAAACAUCACCCACCUCUACUUGGAGAGGAACAGAAUUCCUGAGAUUAACAACACGUCACUCCAAAACCUGGAACAGCUGCUCGAGUUGGAUCUUGGGAAGCAGUUUGUGCCGCUCAUGAUAAGGAACGACGCCUUCCUCAGGCAGACUCAGUUGGUUCGCUUGGUUCUGGGCGACAAUAUUGGCCUUCAACUGGAGCCGCAAGCAUUUGCAGGGAUGAUCAGUUUAAAGCACCUCUUCAUGGACCACUGCUUCUUGACAGACUCCAUAUUGGCACACAACUACCUCGAGCAACUAUUGUCCUUAGAAGAGCUUAAUCUUUUUGGUAAUUUACUACGAAGACUAAAACCUGGACUUUUCUUUAAAAACCUUUCAAAGUUGAAACAGAUAAACCUCAUGUUAAAUAAGAUUGAACAACUAUGUGAAGAAGAUCUCAUUGGUUUCAGGGGGAAGUAUUUCACACACUUCAAUUUAGACUCCAAUCACUUGUACAAAAUGGCCACUAUCGACUUCGAUUGGGAAAGAUGUGGAAACCCCUUUCGAGGAAUGGCCUUCAAUAUCCUUGAUUUAUCAACCAAUGGGUUCAAUGUGACCACAACCAAACUGUUUCUCAAAGCAAUGCGGGGUACUCCAAUUGAUCAUCUCAUAUUCUCCGGACACUUGGGGAAAGGUUUCUCACAUGACAACCUACCAGAUCCAGACAGGCACACAUUUGAAGGUCUUGGGAACAGCACAUUAAGGAUUUUUGAUGUGUCUAAAAACAGAAUAUUUGCCUUGCAGAGAGCUGUUUUCAGUCCUCUGAGCAAUGUGCUCAUAAUUGAUGUCUCGCAAAACAAAAUCAACCAAAUUAACGGCCAGGCCUUUAGUGGUAUGCAGGGAAAUUUAAGAUUGCUCAACUUGUCAUUUAACAUUCUAGGAGAAGUAUAUUCACACACAUUUAGCAGUCUGACAGAACUUUGGGUUUUGGAUUUGUCUUUUAAUAACAUUGGUGUGCUGGGUGAUCAAGCUUUUGAAGGUCUUCCUAAACUACAAGAGUUAUAUAUGACAGGAAACUCAUUGCGGAUUUUGGGUAAUCCCGCAUUAUUGCACAACCUUAAAUUUCUCCUUCUAGGCGACAAUCGUUUAGUUGAUUUAUACAAUAUAGGUAAACUAAGCAUCAACGCUAUUCAUGUGGAUGUGACAAAUAACCGAUUAACAAACCUUGAGGAUGUUUUUCUAAUGUUAACCAACUUCAAGCAGCUUCAGAAAUUAUUUUUCGGUGGUAAUUUUAUUAAGUGGUGCACACUCGGUCAGAAUAUCUCAAUUCCUCUUAAUCACAGUUUACAAGUGCUGGAUCUUCAUGAUAGCUCCCUGCAGUUGAUUUGGGCUAAGGGGACAUGCCUUGAUGUGUUUAAUCACCUCGACAAUCUGGUCGGUCUAAAUUUAAGCUUAAACUCCCUCGUGAGUCUCCCACACGGCAUUUUCCACGGUCUCAGCUCUAUCGUUGUCAUUGACCUGUCAUCCAAUGCCCUGACCUAUCUGCAGCCAAAUGUUUUUCCCAACAGCCUUAGAAACCUUGACCUUUCCAACAACUUCUUGGCCAAUCCUGAUCCCAUGACCUUUAAUUCCCUCCUGCUCCUCAGCCUUUCGGGAAAUCGCUUUCACUGUGAUUGCCAUCUCGAGAGCUUCCUGAAGUGGAUGAAUGUGACCAACGUAACCUUCUACAGUCCAGUUGAGGAUUAUCGAUGCGAAUUUCCGGCUGUUUACUAUGACCUUCCGCUGCUCAAAUAUUUCCGGCUCAUUGAACCGUGUGAGGUUGAUGAUGAGCUGGCGGUCCAAGACCUUAAGUUUGCGCUGUUCAUCUUCUCUGCCCUCCUCAUCUUCACCGUCACACUCUGUGGGAUCGCUUACGCUCGUCUCCGUGGAUGCAUUUACAUUACUUACAAAAAAUUUGUCGGUAGAGUUCUCGAGGGUCCCAAAGCCCCGCCUCGUUUGGAGGACGACCAAUAUGACGCCUACCUGUGUUUCAGCAACAUGGACUACAGGUGGGUGGAGGCUGCUUUACUGAAGAAGCUGGACAACAUGUUCUCUGAAGAGAACAUCCUACACUGUUGCUUCGAAGCCAGAGACUUCCUGCCCGGUGAGGACCACCUUUCCAAUAUCAGAGAUGCCAUCUGGGGGAGCAAAAAGACUGUGUGUGUUGUCUCCAAGGAGUUCCUUAAAGAUGGCUGGUGCUUGGAGGCAUUCACCUUGGCUCAGGGCCGCAUGCUGAAUGAGCUCAAAAAUGUUCUGAUCAUGUUGGUGGUCGGGAAGGUGGCUCACUACCAGCUGAUGAAGUACAACGCAGUUCGAGCGUUCGUCCAGAGGAGAGAGUACCUCAUCUGGCCAGAGGACCCUCAGGAUCUGGAGUGGUUUUAUGAGCGCCUCGUCUCCCAGAUACUCAAAGACACUGAGGUGAAGAAGUUGGACGAGGACGCGCCAAAGCCUGACAUUCCACCUGAAAACGACAUUCAGCUUGAGGACAUGCAAGCACAGUAGUGUCUUGUCAACAAGGACGUCUGAAUGGAAAAAGCACACCUGCCUCUUUUUUUUUUUUUUUUUUUUUGGUCUUUAUAGCAACUGAAAUACAAAUUUGAAAAAGCUCAUUUUAAAGAAACUUAAAGGUAGUCCCGGUCAAGUCUCAACUGUGCACAAUACUACUACUCUGAAGACACCUGAUCCUGUCUGAUCUUGGAAAGGCCUGUAACAGUUUGGGCCCACAAAUAGGUGGCUGGCGGGCCGGACGCGGCCUCAGGGGUUGCCUAUAGAGUGGCCGUCCUACUUUAUGAAGCAGGAGUACUCUAUAGGUGAGUAGUAGUAUGGCCGUAAACCACACUUCACUUCGCACAACCCGCAGUUGGCCAGUCCAUUCGUUGUGGAUGUGAGGCUAUGAAGUGGGAAUUGAAAAAUGUUUAUGGUUGGGUUGGCACAUGUAGAUCGUGACUUGUCUCCAUGCCAACGAUACACAGACAGCCUGUAGAAAAGGCCUCAAAGUCAUUCAUCAUUCGGGGAAUAAAAUGAUCAUUGACUGUGUUGUAUAUAAUUUCGGUUCCUAUAGGGUUUCUAACUUUUGUAUUCAUUUGCAUAUUUGUCUUUGGAGCGGUCCCAUCCACGCGACGUCACGGUAGCUGGAACCAGAGGGUACGACUCAGUCUGUACUGUGGAUCCCCGAUGAUACAUUUGGUUUGGCUGUGUGCGGGAAUCACAACUUGAGUAGCGACACACAAGUAUUACUUAAAGUGCCUUCAGCAUGAGCCAUUACUUGUCGAAGCGGGAUGCAUCCUCAGUAUUUUACGGGACGUUAAUGAAUGAAAGCUACCAUGUAUGGAUCGUUAUGUCAGCUAUUCCUCUACCAGAAGUGGUCUGCUUUGUUUUUCAGGAUAAGAGCAAGGAAGUGUGCUAUUUUAACUAUGUAAAUGUUGCUAACUCAACAGCGUUUUUUGAUAUGUUGUAAGUGUACUCAUUUGAUUAUUAUUUAUCCAAUGUUACUUACCAAUCUAUAUUUGGUAUAUUUCCUUCUUUCU